UGCUCGGACGUGUUUUCUUUGGAUUGACGACACUCUGUAGCUUCCUGUGUAAGCUUGUGUCGAUGAUCUAACGAGGACUGCAGAUGAUCGACUGAAGGGGUGAAAUAGGACCCCUCAGCCCUUACUCGUGCUGCUUUUAAUCAAGUUCUGCAUUACGGCUAGUGGACACUGAGGGCGGAGUCGCAGAAUAGGAGGCUGAAAGCGGGGUGACGCGGCGCGCGCGGGGCUCGUGCGUCCUUCAGUGACGCAGCGGCGGCGCCUUCAUUGUCUCGCGCUGAAUUUGGAGCCGGCGAUGCUGAAAAACUGAACUUUUUCGGCUAUUUAAACAGUUUAAUCUGUGAAUGGCGCCAAAACAGGACCCUAAACCUAAAUUUCAAGAAGUCUGCUCCCUUCAUUGUAUCCUGUUAGUGACAAUUAAAAACAGGCAAAGCAGACACCCAGGUGAACAACAUUAAAUGAUGAAAGGCUGCAACUGCUUCAGCAUCAGACCCACUUAAUUAGGCAAUAAUGGUGAACGUGUUCUGUGUUUUCAUGGGCCAUUGCUCUAUGAAGCUAAGUGUGUAAAGGUUAAUAUAAAGGACAAGCAAGUGAAAUACUUCAUACAUUACAGCGGAUGGAAUAAGAACUGGGAUGAAUGGGUUCCCGAGAGCAGAGUGCUUAAAUAUGUUGACAGCAACUUGCAGAAACAAAAGGAGCUUCAGAAAGCUAAUCAGGAUCAAUAUGCAGAAGGAAAGAUGAGGGGGGCAGCACCAGGCAAAAAGAUUGCUGCUAUGCAGCAAAAAAAUGUUGAGUUGAAAACAAAAAAGAACAAGCAGAAAACUCCAGGAGCAGGUGAGGGGACUAGCAACAGUGAGAUGCCUCAACCUCCGAGGAAGAAGAGAGCACGAGUUGACCCCACUGUAGAAAGUGAGGAAACGUUUAUGAACAGAGUGGAAGUUAAAGUAAAGAUUCCAGAAGAAUUAAAGCCUUGGCUUGUUGAUGACUGGGACUUGAUUACCAGGCAAAAACAGUUGUUUCAUCUUCCUGCCAAAAAAAAUGUUGAUACCAUCUUGGAAGAUUAUGGAAACUAUAAGAAGUCUAGAGGAAAUUCUGAUAAUAAGGAGUAUGCUGUUAAUGAAGUUGUAGCUGGAAUUCGUGAAUACUUCAAUGUAAUGCUGGGAACACAAUUAUUAUAUAAAUUUGAGAGGCCACAAUAUGCAGAGAUUUUGGCAGAUCACCCAGAUGCACCAAUGUCACAGAUUUAUGGUGCACCACACCUCCUACGAUUAUUUGUUCGAAUUGGGGCCAUGCUGGCAUAUACCCCACUUGAUGAGAAGAGUCUAGCACUUUUAUUGAACUACCUUCAGGAUUUUUUAAAGUAUCUAGUGAAAAAUGCUUCUACUCUCUUUAGUGCCAGCGACUAUGAAGUGGCUCCUCCAGAGUAUCAUCGGAAAGCAGUGUGAAGAAAUAAUCAAAAUGUCAGAUGGAUUUUUCCCCCUCCUACUUUCACAGUUCAAGUUCGGUGGUUUCAGAUUUGGGUGGAUAAGAGAGGAGCUUAUCAUUCAAAAAAUUGUCCCAAGUUAGAUCUAAUUUACAGUUUGCAAUUGAAACUCCUUGGUAUGCCCACCCCCCAAAGAGAACUGUGUUAUGUGGAUGACUUUAUGGAUCUAUUUAUUGAUCACCUCCUCCUUCCAGUAUUUAAAUGUGAAAAACACAUACAGUCUUGCCUCUCAUUGCUAAGUGUAAUUAGACAUUUAGCAAAUUGGAAGAGACUUGAAACGUUAGCUAGGUGACAGAGAGGCACAUUUUGGUUGCCAUGUUUUGUACAUUAUACAAAUUUGAGAAAUGAGAACCCCAAUGAAGAGAGAGGUCUCACUCAGUUUUGGAAUACUUUAAUAUUUAUGAAGCCAGAGUUCAUUUGUCCAGUUUUUCUGUAGCCCUUCUCUCCCCCAGCCUUAAAAGAUUUUUUUUGUCAGAUGGACUAGUGUGAGCAAUAUAUGCCUAAGAGCCAUCUCUUAUGUUACACAAAAAAUUGUUAGAAUCCAUUUUUACCCAAAUAUACACUGUAAAGUGUGUCCCACUAUUUUACUUUUUUCUUUUGGUGGUGGUAUAUUCUCACUUGAACAUGUAUUUGACCCAAUUUCCCUCCUGACUGGCUGCAAAUGGCAGUAUUACCUUUAUCUCUUGGCCAAAUGAAGAGGUUUUUAUAUUUCUCAUUUGUCAGUGUCUUGUAUAUACAGUUGUAAAUAAAAAUGUUUAAUUCUG